UAUUAUGGUGCACCAGACGAGUCAUUUAAUUACGAUUCCGAGGAUGAUAUUGACAGUGAAAACGUAACUAUAAACUAUGACUCUGACGCAAGUUCAGGAUCAGAUGAAUCAGAAUCAGUUAUAAACAUUGAACCAUCGGAAGUGGAUACAAUUGAGUACAUCAAGCAAGCACAGUUUAGAAAUGAAACAUGUGGCUGUAAAGAGUUUUAUGGACAACCCUGUAGUACAACAAUAGACUUUGACUCUCUCGUGGAAUAUAGGGAAUCAUGUAAGGAACUUUCAAGGGAAGAGUUGGACAUCGUUGUGAAAUCUCAAUUAUUUGCGCAUCGUAGAUCUGGUACACACACUGAAGCAAAAAAACACAAAGUCAAAGAAAGGGAACGACCUUUUCAGGAAUUUUAUUUCCGUGGUAAACGUGUUUGCAGAAAAACAUUCUGUUUUUUGCAUUGCAUUGAGAAAAAGAAAAUGCUGGCCAUUGCCAAAUCUCUUGAUACAGACGGGUUGACUCCACGAGUUCACGGAAGAGUAGGUAAAGCUCCUUCUCACAGUUUGACAUACACAGACAGAGAAAGAAUCAAAGUAUUUUUGUGUCAGUAUGCAAGAGAUAAUGCCCUUCCUUUACCAGGAAGGCUACCAAACUUUAGAGAUGCUAGAGUUUUACUGCUGCCUUCGGAUAAGACAAAAGAAGACAUAUUCAAAAUAUAUGUUAAAGUUGCAGAGGAAUUGCAUCAUAAGACGAUAAGUCUAAGAUCCUUUCAGAGAGUGUGGGUAGAGUUAUGUCCCCAUAUUGUCAUAACAAAACCAUGUACAGAUCUUUGCCAAAGGUGUCAGGACUUUGCCAACCAAAUUUCAAAGAGUGGUACUUUGACAGAAGAAGAAAAAUCUUUGUUACUUGAUUCCUACAACAAUCAUGUUCAGCUGGCAAAAGAGCAAAGGGAUCACUACAGAAUGCAGUGUGUUAACAGCAAACAGAAAUACUCUUCACUAGCUGAACAGUUCAAAGGAAGUGGUAACCCACCAUUGUCAGUAAAAGGGGCAUUCCAUUAUUCUUGGGACUAUGCUCAGCAGGUACAUAUACCUCAUCAUGCUCAGCAAGUUGGACCAGAAUAUUUUAGGACACCACGCAAAUGCAAUGUUUUUGGCAUGUGCUCUGAAGGAUCAGGAAGGCAGGUAUUUUAUCUGAUUGAUGAGGCAGACAUGGUAGGCAAAGGAGCAAACAGUGUGGUCAGCAUGGUUCAUCAUUAUUUAACCUACCAUGGCCAUGGUGAAGAGGAUGGACUGUUUCACUUUGACAAUUGCAGUGGACAGAACAAAAAUAACACAGUUCUGAUGUAUGCAUUAUGGAGAGUCAUGACAGGGUUACACAAAAGCAUCCAAUAUUCCAUGAUGAUUGCAGGUCAUACGAAGUUUGAACCUGAUUGGCACUUUGGGGUGUGGACAUUGAAAUGGAGGAAUUCUAAUGUGGAGACUUUAUCUGAAGUAGCUGAGACUGUUGCACACUCCAGUAAGAAUGGACACAACAUUCCACAGCUCACAGAUGACGCAGAAAUGCCUGUUGUAUUCUAUGACUGGAAAGCAUACCUGCAGCAGUUUUUUAAGCCAUUGAAGAACUUGACAAAAUACCAUCAUUUUUCAGUUCAUUCAGACAAGCCUGGAGAAGUGGAAGUUCAAGAGAGGAUCUCGGGACACUCGAUUUCUGUCAAUUUAUUGAAAAAUAACAUGCAUCCAGUGAGUGGUCAACUUCCUGAAGCUAUUCCAAGUCGAGGAUUAGAUCUGAUCAGACAGUGGUAUUUGUAUGACAACAUUCGCGAAUUUUGUAACUCAGAUGUUGCUAAAGAUGUUGUUUGCCCUAAACCAAUCCAGCCAAAGCCUGAAAUUAAUUUAACAAACAAAGAGAACAGCAGGCCCAUUUCCACAAAAAGGAAACAGUCUUUGCUAAAAUAAUUUGUUUGCUGACCUAUAAUGUGUAAUAUUUUGAACAUUUCGAAUCUGUGUCUAUCUUCGAAUCUUCAAUUGCCUUGAUUGCUUUUGUAAUGUUGAAGGGAAUUUUAACCUUUGCAUGAAAUGAAAUCUAAAAUAAUUUGUCACAAAGGAUGUAUAAUAUAUAUAUAUAUAUAUAUAUAUAUAUUAAUUUUUUAUCCAGCAUAAUAUUUUACUUGAAUAAAAAGUAAAUAUGUAUGUAUAUCAGAAAUGGCAUACAAAUAAAAUUAUUAAACCCUAUAACAAAUUCUUUUCAUUACGUCGUGAAAUGAAAGUGCACUCUGAUAACUAUGUACAUUUUCAAUUAAAGUGACAUCUAGAUUUUUUUUUUCAUGUAUUGAAAAAGAAAAGUCAUAUGUGCAUCAAUAUUUUAAUGUGAUAAAGCACUGAUGUAUUUAAAGACAACAAAAUUUCGAUAAAAGUUGUCUACCUAAAAUGUCACUUUUUGGGGGGUACAUUUUCAUUAGUUUUAUUUUACGGGACGUCAUCAGGGUUAUAUCUUUUAAACGUCAUAAUUUCGUAAAGGGUUAGAAUUUUUCAAAAAUAUUUUGGAAUUGAGUUUUAGACAUCCAUAUAUACAAGAAAAUCCAAAAAAGUGAAAAAGUAAUUUUUCCUCAUCUGGACCCAUUUUGCCAGACGCUGUCA